GCUCAACCACUUUUGAGCGAUUUCCUGCCUAGUUUACAAAAGCCGGACUUUUCAGAUUUUUAUAAUGGAAGCAUUAUUUGCUUUACCGUUUACAGUUCUCGAAGUACCGAAUAUAAAGAUAAAAAAGCCGACAUGGUUGCAGGCCCCAUCGGCAAUGACAACAUUUUCAUUAGUGUUACUAUCGUACUUUCUGGUUACAGGAGGUAUCAUUUACGAUGUCAUCGUGGAGCCCCCGAGCGUCGGAUCAACGACUGAUGAGCAUGGUCAUAGCAGGCCAGUCGCAUUUAUGCCCAACCGGGUAAAUGGACAGUACAUUAUGGAAGGCUUAGCAUCCAGUUUUCUGUUUUCACUUGGAGGCUUGGGUUUUAUAAUUCUCGACCGCACACAUAACCCAUCUACACCGAAACUGAAUAGGAUUUUGCUCAUAUCUGUUGCAUUCCUUUGUAUACUGGUAUCUUUCUUCACUACAUGGAUCUUUAUGAGAAUGAAAUUGCCAGGUUAUCUGCAAAAUUAGCAUUAAUACAUAAG